AUGCGUUUAUUCGUUGGUUACAAAUCAUCAAAUCAAAGCUUUAAACAAUUAGAAGUAGAAACCGAAAGAGGUGAUGCUGGUUAUCUUCAGAUGGAUUGCGCCCGUGAAUCUUUCGCAUUUGCAACAUAUAAACCAAAAUCAGAAAGGAAAGUUAAAAAGUUUGUUCAUUCGUUAUAUAAUAAUGUUCAAAAAUAUGAUAACUCAGUAUGUGGUAAAUAUAUUGACCCUUCAGAAGUUUUCAAGAAAGCAAAUGAAGAAGUUGAUGUCACUUUUGAUAUGAUUAUUCCGGUAAAUGAUUUGUUAGCAUUUCAGGCGUUCGAUGAUUAUCCUAAAUCAUUUGGUGAAAUCAUUCUUAAAUAUUAUGUUUUCAAGGAUACUUUAGUAUUUUGUCAGGUUGACCCGUUAAGAGUUGCUGAUUUACAAAAUUACGUUUAUGAAAAGAUAACUGAUGAAAAUUAUGAAAAGAUUAUGAAUCAUGUUUAUAAAUAUGAUCGCAAAUUCCAACAAAUCGGACUUCCUACCAAAUUAAUUACAAGCUUAGCCGCUACAUCUGCUGACGCAACAGUUGAUGACGUUAUUAUUUCAUGCACAAAGAUGGAAGUUUUAGAGGAUAAAUGCAUUACACCAGGAUACGGUUUAAUUGAAGAAUCAGUUAAAGCAAUACCACGUUUAUUCAGUAAGGAAGAUCCAUUCAUGAUUCCAGCUCAACAUAUUGACGUUCGUUCACUAAAUGGAGGUUGCAUCACUCCUGAAGGUAUCAGCUCAGAUUUCUCAUACGCUCUUCAUAACGUUACAGAUGUUGUGUUAACAUUUCCGAAGAAUGCAAUGCAAAGAACGGUUUUAGAAAAUCCAAUGCUUCGAGGUCUUCAGGUCACUAUAGAUUCCAGAAACUUCCCCGAUCAAGCGAUGACCACAGUGGGCGACAUAUUCUUUACACGUAUGCUUCAAGCUUCUGA